AUGCAGCGCUGGCAGAACAAACUGGCUGUGGUGACGGGCGCCAGCGGUGGCAUAGGAGCCGCCUGCGCUCGGGCCAUGAUCGGCGCUGGACUGCGGGUAGUGGGCCUGGCUCGUCGCGAGGCCAAGCUGAAGGAGCUCAGGGACAGUUUGCCUCCGCACCUGCAGGCGAACUUUAUUCCGCGGCGUUGCGAUGUCUCCAAGGAGGAGCAAGUGCUCAGCUCCUUCGAGUGGAUCGAACGGGAGCUGGAGGGAGCGGACGUGCUGGUGAACAAUGCUGGUAUUACCCGCGAGACGGAGCUGGUCACGAAGGGCAACACGCCGAAACUUAGGGAGGUCCUCGACACCAACGUGAUGGGUGUCAUCUGGUGCACUCGCGAGGCGUUCAGUAACAUGAAGCGGCGUGGUGGCGAGGGCCACGUCCUCAUCAUCAACAGUAUCGCCGGCCACCAGGUGCUCAACUUCAUCGACGUGCUGCCUUCAUUUAACAUCUAUCCGGCCACCAAGUUCGCCAUCACGGCCAUCACCGAGACAUAUCGCCAGGAGUUCCAGCUGCACUCCAACAAAAUCCGGGUGACCGCCAUUUCUCCGGGGGCCGUCAACACGAACAUCUUCCCCGAAGAGAUCCAUUUCUACGUGAAGGACAUGGCCAGACUGGAACCAACUAACGUGGCGGACGCUGUGCUGUACGCUCUGCGCACCCCACCUCAUGUUCAGGUUCACGAUAUUACUGUUAAGCCCAUGGGCGAAAUCUUUUGAGCCUCUUUGCACUUUUGGCCUUUUGAUGGCUUGGCUUUGAAACGAUUUUCAAAGCAAAGUUCUAGUCCUUACGGAACAAUACCCUAAGACAGGAUUUACUAAAACACAACAAUCUUUUUAAUUGCCAGCUACGCCGCUCAUCGAUCACGGUGACGAAUGCAUCCCAGAACCUGAUGAUGUGGCGCAAUCACCUCAAAAAAUCGAUAUUUUAUAUAUUUUUAAAUAAAUUGCGUUUUUUAGAUCAUAGAUAACUUUUA